UUUAUUGACAGCUGAUGUCAAAAAGAGGGUUAUAAACAAAAACGAUAUGUAAUGUAAUAAAAUAAAUUUAUUUAAUAAAACUGUUGAAACAUAUUAAUAAAAUGUCUCAACGUUCUUCACAUUCAUUAUCAAAAUCUCGUGAAUCUCAAUCUCAAGAAAGAUGGAGUCACGAUAAAUAUUCAAAACAUAAUAGUGGUGGUUACAGUCGUCAUGAAAGGGAGGAAAGUCGACAUCGUGGAAAAAAUCAUAAUCGUCAACCCCAAGAAGAUGUUAUGGAUGCACGUCGUCAAGAAAGAGAACGUAUUGGUUUAAUUGGCGUUCCACAAAUUUGGGAAAAAUCACCAGCUAAAGAAACAUCCGAAGAUGAAUUAUUCGAAGAUAUAAAAAAGAAAAUCGAAGCACAACACAAAAAGGAUCGUAAACGCAAGAAAAAAGAUAAAAAGGAGAAGAAAAAGAGCAAAAAACACAAAAAAGAUAAGAAAUCGUCAAAGAAAUCAAAGAAAAAAAAGAAGAAAGUUAGUGAUUCUGAUGAUUCGUCUUCAUCAUCUGAAGAAGAAACAUGGGUUGAGAAAACAGAAAAGACUGUUAGUCUUAAGAAAAAAGUGGAUAAUUCAAGUUCUAGUGAUAGUGACGAUGAAGUUGUUGGACCUGAACAGAAAGCUCAUGCAACAUUAACGCCCAAAGAUUAUGGUAAAGCUUUAUUGCCUGGUGAAGGUGCCGCUAUGGCAGCAUAUGUAGCCGAGGGUAAACGUAUUCCACGGCGUGGUGAAAUUGGUUUAACAUCUGAUGAAAUCGCAUCUUAUGAAUCUGUUGGUUACGUUAUGAGUGGAAGCAGACAUCGUCGUAUGGAAGCUGUGCGUUUACGUAAAGAAAAUCAAAUUUAUUCAGCGGAUGAAAAACGUGCGUUGGCAAUGUUCAGUAAAGAAGAACGUCAAAAACGUGAAAAUCUUAUAUUGGGACAAUUCCGUGAAAUGGUUAAUUCAAAAUUAGCUGAUAAAAAUAAAUAAGUUUAAUAUCAGACAAAAACGAUAAGUUAUUUUAAACCCCCAAUAUAAAAGCAGACUGUCACCAUUUUGUGAACCCUUCGAUUGUGACAUUGUUGCAGGUUGUUUCAAAAUGAAGUAACUAAUUCGAAGGCGGCUAUUUAUUUAUAUAUUUGACAGUCAUCUUCAGAGUACAAAAUGCAUGAAACAGAUCUCUCAUUUCAUAGAACUAAGGCCAGGCGUAGUAUUUUAGUCAUUUCAGAGCGGCUGCAAAUUUAAGCGAAUGUUGCUUAAAGGUCGUGUCUUCCUCUACGAAAUUUAAAUGGCAUUAAAACUAACAUCUCGCUUAGUAUCUGAAAUAACUAUCAAUUUCUACGCGUGGCCCCAGACCCAAAGAAAGCUAAUUUGUAAUUUUGAAAAAAUUUUAAAUUGCGAUUCGGUGUUGUUACGGACAGAAUGUCUAAAAACUACUCGAAUAAAAAAAUUCCAAAUCUUUUGGUAUUUUCAGUCGAUUAAUUUUUUGACCUUUCAUAUGAAAAAAGGGGCCCGCCAUUUAGAGAACAUUUUUCCCAAUUAGGGUUGCCACCCCUCUACAUUUGAUCGGGAGACUUCCAGAAUUGUUUAAUCUCUCCCGGCAUCAAUAUAAAUUCUCCAGAGUUCAGAAAAAAAAUUUUGAUAGUUUCAUAUUCAGGUAAAUUCAACAAUUCUGAGUAGCUUUUAUAUCGAACAAUAUUAUAAUCCGGUGGUAUGAUUAGAUUAAUUCCCCGAUUCUUGGAUUAUUAUCUACCGACUUCCCGCAAUUUUUAAGUGGCAAUCCUAUGUCCAGACGUUUUUGUGUCGUGGCACGCGCAUUUUAAAAAUUUUUGUAAGGUAAUAAAUAAAUAC